UUUUUUCAAUAUAGGAUCCACUCAGUGGAGAUCUUUUAUAUAAGAUCCUUCUCCUGAUUGACCCGUCAAGGAUGGAUAGGGACAGGGACAAGAUGGCGGAGAGUAUAAUAAAUCUCACCCUAGAGAUCCUCUUCCGGCUUACUGGAGAGGACUACACAGUAGAUCUGUACAAGGACGUCAUGAUUGAGGAUUACCGGCCCCUCACAUCACCAGUUAAGGACGAGAUAAGAACACCGGAGAGAUGUCCCAGUCCUCUUCUUCCACAGGAUGGGUCAGAAGAACAUCACAAUGUCCCACAGGAUGAUCAGCUUGUGAAUCCAGGUGAAGAUCUGAACAUUAUAUAUGUUACAGAGACAUAUGUGAAGGGUGAGGAGCAGAGUAUAGAGGACAUUCCUACAGAUAACCACCCAGAUGACUGUGCCAGGAGCUCAGAGGGACCCCUGAUAGUAUCAGAUUUCAAAGCAGAUGAUUACGGUAUCACACAAGAUACAUAUGAAGAGCAUUCCAGUAUUACAGAUAUACCUUCAACCCUAACCAGCAAACAUAUAGCCUCUGAUCCUUUUCAAUGGGUCCUAUCUGUUGAUUUAUCACAGAGUGUUAAACAAAACAUAGAAUACAAAACGAAUAAACAUCAUAAAGCUCACACAUGUUCAGAAUGUGGAAAAAGUUUUAAAAAGAAAUCAGUUUUUGUUAAACAUGAGAGAAGUCACACAGGAGAGAAGCCAUAUUCAUGUUCAGAAUGUGGAAAAUGUUUUACAGAUAAAUCAAAUCUUGCUACACAUCAAAGAACUCACACAGGGGAGAAGCCAUAUUCAUGUUCAGUUUGCGGAAAACAUUAUAGUGCCAAAUCAGCUCUUGUUGUACAUCAAAGAAUUCACACGGGGGAAAAGCCAUAUUCAUGUUCAGAAUGUGGGGAAUGUUAUAGCAUUAAAUCAGGUCUUGUUAGACAUCAGAGACUUAUUCACACAGGGGAGAAGCCAUUUCCAUGUUCAGAAUGUGGCAAAUGUUUUGCUUUCAAAAAAUAUCUGGUCAUACAUCAGAGAAGUCACACAGGGGAGAAGCCAUUUUCAUGCUCCGAAUGUGAAAAAUGUUUUAACAAUAAAUCAGAUCUUGUUAACCAUAGGAGAACUCACACAGGAGAGAAGCCAUUUUCAUGUUCAGAAUGUGGGAAAUGUUUUUCUUUCAAGAACUCUCUUGUUAAACAUAAAAAAACUCACACAGGGGAGAAACCAUUUUCAUGUUCAGAAUGUGGUAAAUGUUACAGCAUUAAAUCACAUCUUGUUAGACAUCAAAGAACUCACACAGGAGAGAAGCCAUUUUUAUGUUCAGAAUGUGGCAAAUGCUUUAAACAGAAAUCGGAUCUAGUUAAACAUCAGCGAACUCACACAGGGGAGAAGCCUUAUUCAUGUGCAGAAUGUGGAAAAUGUUUCAAUGAUAGAUCAGUUCUUGUUGAGCAUAGGAGAAUUCACACAGGAGAGAGGCCAUAUUCCUGUCCAGAAUGUGGGAAGUGUUUUCCCUUUAAAAAAUCUCUUGUUACACAUGAAAGAACUCACACAGGGGAGACACCAUUUUUAUGUUCAGAAUGUGGAAAAUGUUUUAAACAGAAAUCAGAUCUUGUUAAACAUCAGAGAAUUCACACAGGGGAGAAGCCUUAUUCAUGUUCAGAAUGUGGAAAAUGUUUUACGUUUAAAGCAUCUGUUGUUAUACAUCAGAAAACUCACGCAGGGGAGAAACCGAUUUUAUGUUCAGAAUGUGGGGAAUGUUGUAACACCAAAUCAGAGCUUCUUCUACAUCAACGAUCUCAUGCAGGAGAGAAGCCAUUUUCAUGUUCAGAAUGCGGCAAAUGUUGUAACACCAAGUCAGAGCUUGUUAUACAUCAGAGAACUCACACAGGGGAGAAGCCGUUUUCAUGUUCAGAAUGUGGAAAAUGUUUCACACAGAAAUCAGAUCUUGUUAAACAUCAAAGAAUUCACACAGGGGAGAGACCAUAUUCAUGUUCAGGAUGUGGAAAACGCUUUACUGAUAAAUCAAAUCUUGCUAGACAUGAGAGAAAUCACACAGUGGAGAAGCCAUUUUCAUGCCCAGAAUGUGAGAAAUCCUUUAUUCAGAAAUCAAAUCUUGUUUACCAUCAGAAAUACUCACACAAGGACAAAAACAGAAUUAUGUUCUAAAUCUAGCACUUUUUUGCCCACAAAACUUAUCAUCUUAAAGGUUUUUUUUUUCUGGGAUUUUACUAUUAAUGACCUAUCCUCAGGAUAGGUCAUCAGUAUCUGAUCGGUGGAGGCCCGCAACCUGGGGCUCCUGCCGAUCAGCUGUUUGAGAAGUCACCAGCGCUCCUGUAAGUGCCAUGGCCUUCUCCAUGCUCGCCAAGCACAGAGCCGUACAUUGUAUAGCGGCUGUGAUUGGUAUGGCACUUAUUCACUUACCAAGCACAGCCACUAUACAAUGUACGGAGGUGUGCUUGGUGAGUAUGGAGAAGGCC